AUGGAAUAUUGGGCAGAUCUGUGGGGAACCAAUCAACGAGAGACAGUUCAACCACAGACUGGGAAAACUAAACAAGGCUGUGUGGAAGAACAGAAGCAGAAAGAAAGGAACAAAGACAACACUGCUCUUCACCAUUUCAGCAAGAGAAGACAAGAACUAUCUCUGAAAAAAAGCUUUGUCCAGGAAAAAGAGAAAGACUUGUCACUUCUUGAAGUCAAUGAUAACAAUCAAAGUAGAAAUUCCAAAAGCCUUUUUGCAAAUGUACAAAUACAGCCCAAAGACCACAACACUGACAAUAAAGAGAAUGUCCACCAUGACCUAAAGGUAUCCAUUUACCCAGAAUCCUCUGGGAAUAAAGAGGUCAAGAUAGGAGAUGGUGUGACCAGUGAACUUCACAACCAAGAAGAAUACGGUACAGCUGUCAUCCAAAAUAACAUGCAGCAUCUAAUGGGGACAGUGACUGUAAUGAAACUUUUAAGGGAAGAAGAUAGAGAAAUAAAAUCUCAGGCUGUUCUAAACAAAAUCUUUGGAGGUGUUCUCUAUGCUGAUGCUUUUGCAAAAGAGAAAAAGAAUAAACAAAAAAAUGCUCAAGUUCAGAAUAUUCCAGUCAAAAACAAAAGCACCCAACACAUCCAGCAUACUGACUACCUAAAGGGGAUCCCCAAAGUCAAAACAAUCCCCAGUGAUUUUGAAGGCAGUGGUUACACAGAGCUCCAACAGAGAGGGGACAAUGACAUUUUCUCCUUCAGUGGAGAGGGCCAGCCUUCUGAGGACCUUCCUGGUGAAAGGGAUGCUAGUGGUCCUGACUUAGAAGGUCCAGAUAUUCAAAUAGGGUUUUCAGGUCCAAGUGAAGCUGAGACUACUGAAUCUGACAUGAGAGGACCAGGUUAUAAUGAGAUACCAGAGAAAGUGGGAAAUAGCGGCAAUACCAUUGGAGCCGAGGAUUCAACAGCAAAGGAGGUAAACGUUGCUGAUGUCAGCCUUGUGGAGGGCAGCAAUGACAUCAUAGGUACUACCAAAUUUAAGGAACUCCCCGGGAAAGAAGGAAACAGAAAGGAUUCUGGCAGUCAGAACGCUCACCAAGGGAAAGUAGAGUUUCAUUACCCUCACGUACCCUUAAAAGAGAAAAGAAAAGGAAGUGGUAGUGACACCGCUAAUUUUAAUGAAAUUCCCAAAAAUGGCAAAAGUAGCACUCAGAAAGGUACAGAACAUUCUAAUAGGAACGAAGCCACUUUACAAGAAAAACAAAGAUUUUCCAGUAAGGGUAAAAGUCAGAGUCGAGUGAUUUCUUCUCCUGGUCUUCAUAAUGAAGUUAAAAAUGAAAUCGGUUCCCACAGUGGUCCCAUUCCUGAGGAAAAUGCAGCAGCAGCACACAACAGUGGCAGAAAAGGUUACUAUAUAUCCCAAAGGCAAAACAACGCUUCCCGGCGUAAAGAUAUGUCACAAAGGAAAGACUCCUGGGAGUACAGCGGACACCAUUCCAAUAGGAGCCCGAGCCCCCGGAGGACUGAUGACAGCAGCGAGUCAUCAGAGAGUAGCAGCUCCAGUGAAAGCGACGGGGAAUAG